UGCUUUGAUAAUUUUGUCGAUAUAUAUAUAACCCACAAAAUUGCGUCACUAACCCAAAAAUACACAAAAGAUCUUAAAAAUGGAAACCAAAGCUCUAAUUUUCUCAAUCCUCUUCAUCCUCCUCACUCUCAAGUUCUUGAUUGGAAAACUCAAGCGAAAGCCCAACCUUCCUCCGAGUCCGGCAUGGUCGUUACCGGUGAUAGGUCACCUCCGUCUCCUCAAACCACCGAUUCAUCGCACUUUCCUCUCACUCUCUCAAUCCCUAAACAAUGCUCCGAUCUUCUCCCUCCGACUCGGAACCCGACUCGUUUUCGUGAACUCGUCACACUCGAUCGCGGAAGAGUGCUUCACCAAGAACGACGUCGUACUCGCGAACAGGCCAAAAUUCAUCCUCGCUAAACACGUCGCGUACGAUUACACAACCGUGAUCGCAGCUUCUUACGGUGACCACUGGCGAAACCUCCGCCGUAUCGGCUCCAUCGAGAUAUUCUCCAAUCACCGGCUUAACAGCUUUUUGCCUAUUCGUAAAGACGAGAUCCGGCGACUUGUGUUACGUCUCUCCAGGAACUUUUCACAAGAGUUUGCAAAGGUGGAGAUGAAAUCAAUGUUAGCUGACUUAACAUUCAACAACAUUAUCAGAAUGGUAGCUGGAAAACGUUACUACGGAGACGGUGUAGACGAUGCUGAGGCUAAACGAGUACGGCAGCUUAUUGCGGAUGUAGUGGCAUUUGCUGGGGCCGGAAACGCUGUUGAUUAUUUACCGGUUUUGCGGUUAGUUUCGGAUUACGAGACGCGGGUUAAGAAGUUGGCGGGUAGGCUAGACGAGUUCUUGCAAGGAUUGGUUGAUGAGAAACGAGCAGCUAAGGAGAAGGGCAACACCAUGGUCGAUCACUUGCUUACCCUGCAAGAAUCUCAACAGGACUACUUCACUGAUCGUAUCAUCAAAGGAAACAUGGUUGCCUUGAUACUGGCAGGGACCGACACAUCAGCGGUUACGUUGGAAUGGGCGUUGUCGAACCUGUUGAACCAUCCGGAGGUAUUAAACAAGGCGAGAGAUGAAAUCGACAGAAACGUUGGUUUAGACAGGCUUAUGGACGAAUCAGACAUCUCAAAUCUGCCUUAUCUUCAAAACGUUGUGUCUGAAACGUUACGCCUUUACCCCGCGGUCCCGAUGCUGCUUCCUCACGUUGCGUCAGAAGACUGUAAAGUUGGGGGAUACGAUAUGCCACAGGGUACGAUACUUUUGACCAAUGCGUGGGCUAUACACAGAGAUCCUCAGCUAUGGGAUGAUCCUACUAGCUUCAAACCAGAGAGGUUUGAGAAAGAAGGAGAGGCUCAUAAGCUAAUGGCGUUUGGGUUAGGAAGAAGGGCGUGUCCUGGUUCCGUACUGGCUCUUCGGCUGAUAAACCUGACUCUUGGAACAUUGAUUCAGUGUUUGGAAUGGGAGAGGAUUGGAGAAGAAGAAGUGGAUAUGACUGAAAGCAAAGGAGGCACAAUGCCUAAAGCCAAGCCUCUGGAAGCCAUGUGCAGAGCACGUGCCUUUGUUGGUAAACUCCUACCCGAGUCCGCGUCAGUGUAAGAGACUCCUGUAAUUAAAAUGGAAACAUGUCUAAGCAACGGUUAUGUUUCUGUUAUUAUUCAGUACUAUGUUAUGUAAGAAAUUAAACCCUUUUAUAUGCAAAUUAGAGAGAGAAAAAACCAUAUAACACUCUCAA